GUUUGGGCCUGGGCUGCGAGACCCUGAGACCCUUGGCUCUUCUGCUGGGCUUCGGCAAGCGCGCGCCCAGGAGGCACGCGGCUCGGCCUUGGAAGCCAUGGACUCGCAGGGGCUGAAGACUUUGAUUAAUUACUAUUGUCAAGAGAGAUAUUUCCAUCAUGUGUUACUUGUUGCCAGUGAGGGAACUAAGAGGUAUGGCAGUGAUCCCGUCUUCAGGUUUUAUUAUGCCUAUGGUACAUUGAUGGAAGGUAGAACUCAAGAAGCUCUUCGAGAAUUUGAGGCUAUUAAAAAUAAACAAGAUGUAUCACUUUGUUCUCUAAUUGCACUGAUAUACACUCAUAAAAUGAGUCCCAAUCCAGAUAGAGAAGCUAUUCUGGAAUCAGAUGCCAGAGUGAAGGAGCAGCGUAAAGGAGCUGGACCAAAAGCUUUGUACCAUGCAGGCUUAUUUUUGUGGCACAUUGGUCGUCACGAUAAGGCGAGAGAAUAUGUUGACCGAAUGAUCAAAAUGUCAGAUGGUAGUAAAGAGGGACAGGUUUUGAAAGCAUGGCUUGAUAUUACAAGAGGAAAAGAACCUUAUACUAAAAAAGCACUGAGGUAUUUUGAAGAGGGAUUACAAGAUGGAAAUGAUAUUUUUGCUCUGCUGGGUAAGGCACAGUGCCUUGAGAUGCGCCAGAAUUACUCCCGUGCUCUGGAGACCGUGAACCAGAUAAUCAUGAACUUUCCCAGUUUCCCUCCUGCUUUUGUAAAGAAAAUGAAACUACAACUAGCCUUGCAGGAUUGGGACCAGACGGUUGAGACAGCACAGAGGUUAAUGCUGCAAGAUAAUCAAAAUGUGGAAGCACUAAGAAUGAUGGCCCUUUACUAUUUGUGUAGGGAGGGGGAUAUAGAGAAGGCUGCCACCAAGCUGGACAACUUAGGAAAUGCACUGGAUGCCGUGGAACCACAGAAUGCUCAACUUUUUUAUAACAUCACAAUCGCCUUCAGCAGAACUUGUGGACGUAGUCAACUGAUUCUUCAAAAAACCCAAACAUUACUAGAGAGAGCUUUUAGUUUAACUCCUCAGCAAUCAGAAUUUGCUACAGAACUUGGAUACCAAAUGAUUUUACAGGGGAAAGUUAAAGAGGCAUUGAAGUGGUAUAAGACUGCCAUGACACUAGAUGAAACCAGUGUCUCUGCACUAAUUGGAUUUAUCCAAUGUCAAUUAAUAGAAGGACAACUACAGGACGCAGAUCAGCAGUUAGAAUUCCUUAGUGAAAUUCAGCAGUCUAUUGGAAAAUCGGCGGAAUUAACCUAUUUACAUGCAGUUCUCGCUAUGAAGAAAAAUAAACGACAAGAAGAAGUUAUUAAUUUGUUAAAUGAUGUCCUAGACACUCAUUUUUCACACUUAGAAGAUUUACCUCUUGGCAUACAGUAUUUUGAGAAGUUAAAUCCUGAUUUCUUGCUAGAAAUUAUUACAGAAUAUCUGAAUUUCUGUCCAUUGCAGCCUGCAAGUCCUGGGCAACCUCUUUCUCCACUUCUCAGACGUUGUACCUCAAUCCUGGAGACUAUAGUAAGAACUGUUCCCGGUCUUCUGCAAGCUGUCUUCCUAAUAGCAAAAGUGAAAUAUUUGUCAGGUGAUACUGAAGCAGCUUAUAAUAAUCUGCAGCAUUGCCUAGAACACAGUCCUUCCUAUGCAGAUGCUCAUCUCCUGAUGGCUCAGGUUUAUUUGUCUCAGGAAAAAUUCAAAUUGUGUUCUCAGUCUCUUGAACUUUGUCUGAGCUAUAAUUUUAAGGUGAGAGAAUAUCCUUUAUAUCAUUUGAUAAAAGCUCAGUCACAAAAGAAAAUGGGAGAAAUAGCAGAAGCAAUUAAAACCCUGCAUAUGGCAAUGAGUUUACCAGGAAUGAGGAGAACUGGAACUUCCUCAAAGUCAAAAUACAGAAAAACUGAAGUCGAUGCAAGCCAUCGUUUAUCAGUCUUUCUUGAGUUGGUAGAGGUUCACCGUUUAAAUGGAGAACAGCAUGAGGCGGCCAAAGUUUUACAAGAUGCCAUCCAUGAAUUUUCCGGGACAUCUGAAGAGUUGCGUGUCACUAUUGCUAACGCAGACCUAGCUCUGGCCCAGGGAGAUGUGGAGCGGGCUUUAAGCAUGCUUCAGAAUGUUACAUCUGAGCAGCCUUAUUUCAUAGAGACCAGAGAAAAAAUGGCAGAUAUAUAUCUGAAGCACAGAAAAGAGAAGAUGUUAUAUAUCACUUGUUACAGAGAAAUUGCUGAAAGGAUGCCCAGCCCUCGUUCUUUUAUUCUCCUUGGUGAUGCAUACAUGAAUAUUCAAGAGCCUGAAGAAGCCAUAGUAGCAUAUGAGCAAGCAUUAAAUCAGAACCCAAAGGAUGGAACAUUGGCAAGCAAAAUUGGGAAAGCUCUUGUCAAAACUCACAACUACUCAAAGGCAAUCACUUACUAUGAAGCUGCUCUGAAAAAUGGACAACAAAAUUAUCUUUUCUAUGACUUGGCUGAGCUCUUAUUAAAAUUGAAAUGGUAUGACAAAGCAGAAGAAGUUCUUCAACAUGCACUAGCUCAUGAACCUGUAAAUGAACUGUCAGCUCUCAUGGAGGAUGGACGGUCUCAAGUUCUUCUAGCAAAAGUUUAUAGUAAAGUGGACAGACCUGGUGAUGCAGUUACUUCAUUACAACAGGCUCGAGAGUUACAAGCUCGGGUACUAAAACGUGUUCAGAUGGAACAGCCAGAUGCAGUUCCUGCACAGAAACAUUUAGCAGCUGAAAUUUGUGCAGAGAUUGCAAAACAUUCUAUUGCUCAGCGAGACUAUGAAAAAGCAAUUAAGUUUUAUAGAGAGGCUCUUGUUCAUUGUGAAACAGAUAAUAAGAUAAUGCUGGAGCUGGCACGAUUAUACCUGGCACAAGAUGACCCUGACGCCUGCCUGCGGCACUGUGCUCUGCUUCUCCAGAGUGACCAGGACAAUGAAGCUGCCACCAUGAUGAUGGCAGAUCUCAUGUUCAGAAAACAGGACUACGAACAAGCCGUGUUUCAUUUACAACAGCUUUUAGAACGAAAACCAGAUAAUUAUAUGACAUUAUCUCGUUUAAUUGAUCUCCUAAGAAGAUGUGGAAAACUUGAGGAUGUUCCGAGAUUUUUCUUAAUGGCUGAGAAACGUAACUCCAGAGCAAAGCUGGAGCCAGGAUUUCAGUACUGUAAAGGAUUAUAUCUUUGGUAUACAGGAGAACCAAAUGAUGCCCUUCGACAUUUUAAUAAGGCUCGGAAAGACAGUGACUGGGGCCAAAAUGCCCUUUAUAAUAUGAUAGAAAUCUGUUUGAAUCCAGACAAUGAAACUGUUGGAGGUGAAGUAUUUGAAAAUCUGGAUGGAGACCUGGGUAAUUCAACUGAGAAGCAAGAGUCUGUGCAGUUAGCAGUGAGAACAGCAGAAAAGCUCCUUAAGGAACUAAAACCUCAGACUGUUCAGGGUCACGUACAGCUUCGCAUAAUGGAAAACUGUUGCCUAAUGGCUACCAAACAGAAAUCUAAUGUCGAGCAGGCAUUGAAUACCUUCACUGAAAUAGCAACGUCGGAGAAAGAUCAUAUUCCAGCACUUUUGGGAAUGGCAACAGCUUAUAUGAUCUUGAAACAAACUCCACGAGCCCGAAACCAGCUGAAACGGAUUGCAAAGAUGAACUGGAAUCCUGUUGAUGCUGAGGACUUUGAGAGGAGUUGGCUGCUGCUUGCUGAUAUUUAUAUUCAAUCAGCAAAGUACGACAUGGCAGAAGAGCUGUUAAAAAGGUGCCUGCGUCAUAAUAGGUCUUGCUGCAAAGCUUAUGAAUAUAUGGGAUACAUUAUGGAAAAAGAGCAAGCAUAUACAGACGCUGCCUUAAACUAUGAGAUGGCGUGGAAACAUGGCAAUCAGACAAAUCCAGCAGUAGGGUACAAACUGGCAUUUAAUUACUUAAAAGCAAAAAGAUAUGUGGAUGCAAUUGAUGUAUGUCACCAGGUUCUCGAAGCACAUCCAACUUACCCCAAAAUCAGAAAGGAUAUACUUGAUAAGCAGAGGCUGCUGUUGUAUAUAAAGAGAAACGCUAUGUUAAAUGGAUGUCUUCUGAUGGAGAAGAGAAAAAGAUUCAAGAAGGAGAAGAUUGAAAAAGACUACCAGAAAAUGGCAAUAGGAGAGUGGCGAUAGCAACUUAAUAGGAGAGCACAGGAGUUACUGAGGGAGAGAGGAGUACCACUUGUCAAGGUGAGUGAAGAGUACAGUCCUGUAACUGCAGAAAAAAACCAGUUCUCUGCACUUUGCAUGAUUCUAGUAACAGAGUUUUAAAGAUGAUCCUACCAAAUGUAACUAAUAAGAAGCCGGAGGAAAUACCCGAGAUCACACAGGGCCACAAUGUGUAGUUGUGUCGUGUGAGCCCUGGACAGAGUGACCCACCCGAGGGGGUAGCAGAGGAGCAGAAGCUAGCACUCUGGGUCUCACAACUGCAACUGCACCCCUUGGAGGAAGAGGAUCCCUUACUAAUUUGAACAAAGUUUGAAUGAAAGGUGAGGAACUAGAGACAGAAGAGAAAAAUGUUUGGCUAUAGGGCUGAGGGUAAGGGAGCAAUAGAGUGAUGGCUACAGAGGUUUAUGAAAGGGUUUUUGUUUUCUGUUUUUCAAGACAGGAGCUACUUGAGCAUCUUGGAAUAUUUAUGGGGAAAGGUCAGUAGAUAUUGAAGGUAUAAGAAAGAGAAAAGGGAGAAGCCUGAGGAGGAAAAGGGGUCCAGGGGGUGGUUUAGAAGAAUUAGAGUUCAGAGGGAUGUGUGAUUUUUGUAAAGGGAGUAAAGGAACAAAAUAACUGUAGAAAGAGGUAUUACAUAUAAAGGUGUGCUUAGGAGCCCUUAUGCUGAUUUGCUCCAUCAGUUUUAUAGUAAAGUGGACUUUGACCUAAAGGCAGUACCACUCUUUCAUAUGCAUGGAAUUUGGGGGCCUCUGUUUUCCUUGAGCUCUGAAGUAUUUUCACUUACUUCCAGGUUCCUGGUUGUGGUUGCUGGAAGUCUGCCUGCCAGAUUAGAGGGGGGUUACUGUAACAUCAUAAAUCAUAGUUACGAGCAAAAAAGUGUUACCCACCUUUGAAUCCUCUUCUUAAGAACCAGAUGUUUUCUAGAGAAAUGCCUGACUCUACACUCGGCCUUAUAGUGCACAUAAAUGGAUCUGGCACGCUGCCCGUAAAACAAUUUGAUCCCAUAAACGAGGAAAGCUGAGUAACGAGCAGAUUCUAAAUGUCUUCCUUCCGAGUGGUACAACCUUAGAAUCUAUGGCAAUCUUUGAACGGGGCUGUUUUCAAAUAGUGUGUAUGUUAUGUUUAUCUUUCUUCAAACAAAUUCUUUUGGCAAUGUAACAGAAACUCUGUUUUAAAAAAACAAGUGUAUUUUAAGAAAGUAAUUACUAUUUCAGUUUCCGCCAGAGGCAGGCUAGUUUUAUUUUUAAUGGGUAAAUGAUGUAAGAACCUUAAAAAAAAAAAAAAAAAAAAAAAACUUGAAACACUAAGAACAGGGCUGGGAAGUAUUCAGUAGUAUCCUCACUUAUAAUGGGUAAUAGGUCCUGUUUCAUGGGUAGAGAUUAAACUUUUUAUGGAAAACACACUAAGCUUAAAGAACACUGGAGGAAAAAAUGUGCUAAAAUGCUAAGCAGUUACAUAAAUGCUCUCUUCAAACCGUUUAAGUUAAAUACUUGAAGUUGCUCUAGUCAGUGAAUGAAAACUCCCUGACAUACACUUUCUUGACAAGUUUCCAGCCAGUUUUUCACAUUAAGUCACAGAUUGCAGAGGAUAAUUUGAGGGGGAUACGGGGAUUGGGGAAAGUCCAGGAUAUUGAGAACACGCAAGAGCAAAGUUAAAAUGAUGGAGCACAGACCACACAGAGGUCAGGGGAAGAAAUGUGACCAAGGAGAUGUGUCUGGGUCCUGAUGUCAGUUCUUUGUGCUGAACAAGUAACUCUACUGUCUCUUAUGAAGUGUAAUAUCUUUUUUGUGUGAGUGAGCUUACUGCUG